AUUCUAAGUCUCCGGCCUUUCUGUCCAUCCUUCUUCAAUGUCGCGUUCAUAUAAUUGACUUUAAUUCACCAGGGACUCGAAUGCCUAUACAAGCAAGCUCUACUCAAUUCUUGGCAAAUGGCCUCUUCAUACAAUAAUGACUCGCUUUCAAUAACUCCCUCCUGGCCAUCUCUAUAUAAUCCCCGCUCAGAACUAUUCGACAUACAGCGUCAUAAUCCUAUUCAGCCCGGAGGAUUCUAUCUUGUCAACUCACAAGAUGUUUUCCGGUUCACACUAUAUUGGACGCUGGUAUUCUAUAUACCGGUCUUUGUCCUCUUUGGGCUAUACGCGUUCUUCAAUCUAACUUUUCCACCACACACGAACCGGGAAAUUGCGUUUGGAAGAUUGCACGACGAAGAAGACGACGCAAUGGAUGAUGAUGAGGAGGAAGAAGAUGAAGAUGAGGAGGCCUAUCCAAUGUCUCCAAUGUCUUCUGAUCCCCAUCCCCCGCGUCAUCGUCACAAUCCACGAAAUGGAUACUACGCCACUUUGCGCUCGGAAAUCACUACCACUUCUACUGUUCCUACUACUUCGCCACCUUCAGUAUACAUUCAAAGCCCUACAUCAGCUACAGCGGGCCAUCCUUUUCUCUCAGUAUCGCACACUUCACCAGCGCACUUCUAUCCUCCUCAUCCUUCGUCGUCUUCACACUCCCCGAUGAUCACCAAAGCGACUGGAAACACCAAAACUCCAGUUUUGAGAAAUUUCAGUAAAUCUUUGAAUAAAAACAAAGUAAUGAAAGCCAAUAAAUCCAAAAAUGCAGCCCGUUCUCGAAUAACUUUUGCCCUCUUGGUCUUUUUCGGUUUUCUUAUCUUAUCUCUCAUCGGCGCCGUCGUAUCUUCAGCGAUAGUGGGGUACAUCCUUACCGGGCUAUAUAAGGCUGGAAAGUUUUACAUGAGUACUUGGGUACCUUUUUUGUGGGCCGCGAUCAGUGUCAUGGUUGGGAUGCUGAAUGUCUGGCCGUCAGUUAUCAACUUGAUAUAAGAAAUUUCAACCUUAUCUCUGUAUAUCGAAUGUACGACGCAAGGCAAACGCAAGGGGUAUCCCCAGUUUCCCCAGAGUAGCCUAUUAUUCAGUUUCACGGAUCUCCGGGACCAGGCUGAACAUUGAGCCGCGCUAACCUUGCAAGUACGUACAAACUCAACCUUGUUAUUGUUGUUACAUCCAAUCAUUUGACAUAAUGAACAUAAGAAGAGCAUAA